AUGGCCUUUUCAUUGCGGUCUAGAUAUAAAAGACCUGCUCAAUUAACAGAUGCCGAUUACGAUCACGAAAUCGAAUUGGUGGAUCAUACAGACCCAAAUGCGAGUCGGGGUGGGAGUCGGUCGAGGAGUAGGCAGGCCAAGAUUGACGAUUUACCGGCGAUAAUCGUAACGGAUUCAUCUUCCAGGGAUCGAGUUGAUGAGCCAUCGAGGAGAAAGAGAUCGCUAAGGGCAGAGUUGACUAGGAGGAAAUGGAAGAAAUACAGGGAUGCGCAUGUUGCUGCCGAUGAAAUUGAGAGCAGUCCUGUUAGAAUAAGUUCGGUGCUAGCCCUGCCUCCAGAAAAUGGAAAUACUCCCGAUGAUGAAGGCAGCCGAGGCCGAAGUCGAAGUCGAAAAAGAACAAAAGCUCAACAGGAACAGGAUAAAUUACCUUUUGAGAUUGAUAUUUUGUAUGAGAAUGAACGGGGCUUGGUUCUAUGCGGAGCGCAUAUGUUUUCUAGUAAAGCUUUGGGGAAUCUAGAUCCGGCGCCUUGGACCAAGAUUACGGGGAAGCCGAGCCUGACGGAUCCCUCGAAUUCUCAAGUACCGGAUCCAAGUUGGGAAUGGGCUUGGCCGGAGUGGAUUAUCAAUCAUGAUGAUGGGGUCGAUGAUGAAGGAUGGGAAUAUUCUUUCGCAUUUUCCAAGAUGUUUUCAUGGCAUAAUGCUAAAUGGUAUAACUCAUUUGUUCGGAGGAGAGUAUGGAUUCGAAAGCGAGUCAAGAAGAGAUUCAUUCCUCGACAUGCUCAUAUGCUUAAUGAAGAUUAUUUUACCAUACAUCCACCACGUAGCAGAAGCCGCGGGACAAGUCUCUCCGGUGCCGCCGCUCUAGAUGGAGAUGGACGAAGUCGGUACAGUUCAGCAGUCUAUAGCCGCAAUUACGAAACAGAAUGGAAGAUCGAUGACAUUAGUGAUAUUGCAACCCUGAUGAAAGUCCUCAGAAUCUGUCGUAUCGAUAGGGAGAAGAUGGAAGCGGUGGAAAGUUUUAUUAAGCAUGGUGGUGAGGAACUGCAUUAUUUGACGAAACCGGAACAGAUGCAUGAGGUUAUGAAUAAUUUUAUCUUUCAGGCGAGUAGACGUGUUUUGUUGGGGAGACUGAUGAAGGAGUAUGAGGAAAUUAGCCGAGCGGCUGAGGAGGGAAAAGAAGGAAAAGAAAAUGUGAAAAGCAAACGAGGCUCGGAUGAGACGAAGGAUAAGAAUGUCGGUAUAAAACGAAAACAACGGGCAAAGCUUCUAGAAGCAGCAGUCAAAGCUGCAGAUGAAGAAGUCAAGAGAUUGGAAUAUUGGAGUGACGUUCGACAUAUGGCGGAGAAAGGGGAGACGAUGGGAGCGGUGGAUGAUAGAAAAGGAUGGGAGGGCAAUUGGGAGGGCUUGGACAGCAGUGGACCCAAGGACUUUAAAUUUGAUGGGAAAAUUAUGGGAGGGGAAGAGGGAGGGGAAGAGGGAGGCGGAAUUGGAGGGAAAGAAAAUGGGAAUAAGAGUGGGAAGACUGAUGGGGAUGGUAAUGGUAAAAAGAUUAAUAAGGGAAAGGGCCGCGCUUUGGAGUAA